UUUUUUCGUUUCUGUCUCUUACUGAUUUUACUUUCUUGUUAUUCUAAAUAUAAAACGAAAAUUAAAGCAUUUUUUUAAAAAUCGUAUAUCCCUUUUUGAUCAUGAAAAGGAAAAACACCUUGUAUUUCAAUUUGAAUUUUUGUAUUUUAAAACGAAAAUCAAAUAACCACUCGUUUUUUGGUUUUCAAUACCCGUUUCAGAACAGAAAGUCCAGUUACCAGAUCCGUACACGGACCCACCACAAACCUGGUCGCGCCAAACUAUUUUACAUCUGGCGUGAAGCUCUCCAGCAAACUACAGCGUCGGAUGAAGAGUCCAGCCACUCGUCUGGCCCGGAUUCUGCCACUGCCGCGGAUGAAGCCGAUCUUAUCGAAGGAAUUGAUCAUUCCAGUGACAUCAUUUACAAUGUUGGGAAGGAGGAAGAGGAGGAGGAAGAGGAGAGAAUGGAGGUCUCCUGCUGUCCUGGUACCCCAGCGAGAGGUAGAGGGACAGACCGUCCUCCAGCCAGGAGACGCUGCAGCAGCCGCUCCACCAGCGAGCGCUCCGGGCCAGAGGCGCUCCCUACAGCUGGCUGGAAAACUGAGAAGGAACCUGACAGCUUACCUUCUCUGCCACAUUUCCUGCCGAAAAGGAGGCCAGGUGUCCAGCCACCUCUGUCAGAAUAUGUGGACAGUCCUUCUCCAUCAGACCCGUCCAAGUACUUGGACCAGGAGACCAUCAAAAUACUGUUUGAUUCAACUCAGUAAAAACGAGUUUCUUUUAUGUUCAAAUGCACUUUUUAUGGUCUGACCAUGGUUUUGUACAUAAAAUAUGUGUUCUUAAGUAUCUGGCACACUUAGAAAUUUGAUUGCACUAUUGUAAAUAAUUUGUUUUGAUGUUGAUGUUGUCUCUUUGAAAAUUUUGCAGUUUUGUUUAUUUUCGUUUUUUUUUACAAGUUACAAAAUUGACCAUAUCUCAAAAAGCAAAUUAUGUACAGACUCCAAAUAAAUUUCCUGUGGUUCCAAAGGA